AAAAAGCAAUCGAAUUGUGAAUUGAACUUAUCGUAGAAAAUAACGAACCAAAUCAUAGACCUUAAAAUAUUAAAAUCGCAUUUCUCCAAGAAUGUCAAGCUGACUUUUUGCAAACAAACAAGGCUCGUCGUUGCAGCAGCUGCGCAGAUAAUGAGAUUUUAUAAUUUAAAGAUAAGGCUUAAUUUUUUGAUAUUCCAAUGUUCAAAUAAUUCUAGGAUGUAAACUAUAAUGGCACGUCCCUUUUUGAUGGAUUUUUGUUUUUAACAAAAGGAAACAAAGCCUUUUUUGGAGCCUCAAAUCCCCAAAUUGCAGAAUAAUACAACCCCCGAUUUAAUAACCAUUAUUGGUAUACGUACCAAGUUACCCAGUACACUAACAACUUAAAAGAGAGACUUCUGACAAUCGGCCAUCUUGGAGCGCCAUAAAAAACAAACAGACGAGGGGACAGGACUACUCUGUGGUUUUAUUGAUGGUGUUUACUGCUCUUUAGACCUAAAAACUAUUAAUCAAGGAAUUUUUCAUUACCUUUUGAUUACUGAAAGAACAGCUGUUGAAAUUCAUUGAAGGAAAUAUGAUAUUAAUAUUGAGUUAUAUAUCCUAAAAAUUCACAUUGGAGUGCAUCGUGCAUUGGAGAGUUGAUAUCAAUAAGGUAUAGGUACUUAUAAAAUAUAGUAUGUAUGUGUCACAAAAACAUAUGUUUACAAUUAAUUGAUUCUGGAAUAUUUGGGAACUUUUUUAAUUGUGAUUAUGAAUAUUUUUAUGAAUUUUGUUUUCCUUAUAAGAACAUGGAAUUUAGUUUGAAUAUUCUUCUUUUUACAUUGCAGCCAAAUUAAACUUUUUAAAUCUACUCACAUGUAAUUGAUAUAUAAUAACAUGUAUUGUUAAAAAGAUGGUUAAUCAUAUACUAAGUUUCAAGACAUCAUUUUCGCUUAUGUUUAAAUAAUCAUUGAGGAUACAUGGCAAAGGAAGACAUGGAUUCCUAUGUUUCAUAUAGUUAUUACUAACCAGGAUCUGAAUUAAUACAUCCAAAGUUUAAUAGUUUGUUAUUGAAAUUUAUUUUUCAGAAUUUUAACUGAAAUAUUGUUUUAACCAAAUUUUCUAUUUUAGUUAAUAAAGUAAUAUAUAAAACAGAAUCUGUUAAAUUUAUCAAAAUGACAGAGCAAACAAUAAAUACUCGGUCAAAGAAACCUAAUUUAAGCCAAAAGGAUAUUACAUUAAAGUACUGUAAAUUAGGUGUUGACCAAAAUGGGUUCAUUAAGAAGUGGAUUCAUAUCGAUAUUGGUUAUGGUGUUUUUACUGAGCGUCCUUUUAAAAAGGGAGAUUUUUUGCUUGAGUAUGCUGGCACUUUUAUGUCAUAUGAAGAUGGUGAAAGGCAGUUUGAGGAAAAGAAAACUGGAGACUCAUUUUUCUACUUCUUCCAAGGAAACGAGAAAAAUGAUUGGCACUGUAUUGAUGGAUCAACUUCUAACCAAAAUGGAAAAUUUGUAAAUGACUCACUACAUGGAAAUUCUGUUAUGAGAAAGAUUAAUUGUAGCAAAAGCGAUAUUAGACUCUGCUUAUUUGCAUCAAAAGAUAUAUUGGAAGGAACGGAAUUAAGGUAUAAUUAUGGAGACGAUGAAGAUAUCUGGUGGAGGAAAGAGGGUUCAUUCAACAAACCACUUAAUAUUCAAGCGAUUGAAAAUAAUUCAUGUGAAAUGGAGUCGAAUGAUGAAUUAGAUGUAUUUCACUGGACUAAAUACAAGGACCUUCAAUCCGUACCAUGUGAAGUAGUAAAAGUUCUGGUUGAAAAGUGUGAAGAAACAUUAAAGGGAAUAUUUACUGGAAAGGAAUGGCGAAAACGAUGUGAUAUUUACAAACAAAGAGGCCGAGCUAGAGAAUCUCUUACAAAUACUGUUCGUUUUGGUGCAUUUACAAAAGAGCAAAUUGAUGUGAUUGUAAAAACUUUGUUGGAGAUUUUUUGUCCAAAUAACAGUACAAAGAACUUUGAUUUCGUGUUUAAAGUUCUUUUGCCAGAGACCGUGACACUUAUAUACAGUCGUGUAAAUGAGAUAUCAGUGGAAGAGGCUGAAGAACAAGUUAGCAAUGUUGGAAUUUCUGUCUUAAAGGAAGGUAGUGAUUCCGAUGAUGGAUCAAAUAAAGAAAGUAAAGAACAUUCAGAAAACGAGUUUAGUCAUGAUGUUAACUGUUAUCCUCCAACAGAUGAUGAUGAUAUUUCUCCCAAAGGAAAAAGUAUUCUACAAAAGCGUUUAAAGGCAGAAAUAUUUAUAGCUAAAAAGGAGAGAAAAGAAAAAGACGGAGACAGUAUUGGCGUAAGCACGAAAAAACAAAAUAAUGGCGAAUAUUAUCAUUCUGCUUUUGAAGAAGAGAAUAAUGAAGAGGAAGAAGAAGAAGAAAAGAAAGAAGAUAUGAACUUAAAAAACAAAAAUGGGUUUGAAGGUAACAAAAGGACUAAAUUAAAAUGCCUAAAGCAGGAUGGACGGAAGAAAAAGGUCACUGCAAAAAAAAGGUUAAAAAACAAAAAAGUUCCAGAAAUGCCGUCUACUAAAAGAAGGGCAAUCUCAGCCAAGGAAGUAUGGAAAAUUGUCAACGAAAGAAAUCGUCAAGACGAUUGGUUUGACACAACUGGAAAAAGCGAUGACAAUGAGUCCAACACACCAGAGUCAGAUCUAGAAGAAAACGUUCAUGCCAUUGUCCAUACCCUCUCAAAGAAAGAGAAAAGAAAAAAGAAAGAAUCAGAUGAGAUCAUGGAAUUGAAGAAAAGUAUGGAGGUCAUGAGGAAGCGCUUAGAAAAAGCAGAAAAAGCAGCCGAGAGAGAAUAUACGUACGUAGAAGGUGAUAAUGAAAAUGAUGAUGACGAUGUUGAUAUGUCUGUACAGAAAAGUGAAAAUACAAGUGAAGAGAUAAGGAAAACACAUAAGAUCUUAAGCCAUGGAAAGAUUCUUGCUAACAAGAGAAAAGCUGAAAGAAAAAGGAAAAAGAUGUUAGCCUGUGUGAACAAGUAUGUCGGGCCUCCAGGUACUAUAAAAGAGCGCAAAACUGGCGUUAUUGACUACAGAAAAGUAUAUGACAUUAAAUGCCCGGUUUGUUCAGUUGUAUCUAGCAGACUCUACCAGCAUUUAAUGCUUCAACACAAAUUUUCGGAUAGGGAAGCAAAACUAAAAGAGUCAGAAGUCAGGGUGAUGUUUCUUUGGUCAAAAAAGGAAAAGCAUGGUAUCCCAAAACCGUUGCCUUGCGCAAUCUGUGGAGUUUGGCACCUGCGUCUUCGUACCCACCUGAAAAGGAAACACAAAUUUGAAGGAUCAAAAAUCACAGAAAUUUUAGAAACUGCGCGAAAAGAAAAUUGGGCUAACGAAGGAUGUUUGGAAAAUAAAGCCAAACUAGUCAAGACAGCCAAUCAAAAGAAGCUAGAAGCUUUUAAAAGUGAAGUGGAAAAGAAGAAAGGAGCUGUUAAGGCAAAAAGGUACAGACAGCAUGUGGAGUACAUAUGGACUAUUAUCGAUCCCAACAUGGCAGUGAUACCAGCCAGUGCAUUUGCAAAUUGCUUGCUUGUUGAAGAUAAAUACCACGAUCCAACUUACCGCUUGAUUGGUAAAGGAGGAAAUGAGGCUUCCACUCUAAGGGUUAGAUACGUCGCUUUGAGAGCAUUUAUUAGAUUUUUACGUCGUCGCCAUGUCUAUGGAGGCAUUACCCGUGAUCAAAUGACAGCUUUGUCGGAAUAUAUCGAUGAAUGGAACGCUGAUUUUACUGAAUCCAUUGCCCAGCGUAAAACUGACAUUAGACGAAUUAAGAUUAAACGCUUAAUGACUCCUACCCAUAUGAUUAAAUAUGGCCGAUCAAAUUUUGUGCAGGGUCUUGUGAAAAGUAUUGAAAGGGUCGCUAAGUCUGAGAAACCUACAAAACGGUUUUGUCAGCAGGUCAGAGACUAUCUGAUUACUAACUUGUGCAUAAUGAAUGGGUUGAGAUCAUCAAACCUGAUAGAACUCAGGGUUUCGGAUGUCCAGGAAGCGCACACUAGCGAAGAAUAUCCUGGAUACAUGGUGUUUACUAAUUCCCGUUAUAAAACAUCCACAAUAUAUGGUGAAAAGGUCAUUGUCUUGCCUAAAAACGUGUUUGAACAUCUUAAAUACUAUGUCAAAGAAAUAAGGCCUGUUUUGAAUCCCACAACAAAUACUUAUUUAUUCAUUUCAUCAGAUACAAAUCAACUGUCGCACGCUACAAUUGGCAGUAGCCUGACGUCAUCUUUCAAAAAUGCGGCGGUAUUUGGCAAACACGAAUAUGAUAGAGUAAGUCCUACUCGAAUAAGAUGUGCAUGCGCAACAUUCGGGUGUAAGGUUGAUGGAAUUGACAGUGGCUAUUUUGCAAAGCACUUUAUGAAAAAUAAAGAGGAUACCACAAAUAUCCAUUACAAUUUGUAUUCAAAUCAUAGAGAGGCAUUAAAACUUGCUAUGAUGAUGGGUAAUACAUUUGAAGUUGGUGGAGUUACGCAAACGUUAAAAAAAGAAGAUGUUGAAAAAAUUACAUCUGCAAUCUUAAAGAAUGAAAAAGUUAUGCCCUGUAAAGAUGAUGUUAUCGAGUGGGUAAGCAAAAACAAUAGCCUGGAACCAAAGGAAUUGUCAGAUUUUAUGGAUAUUUUGGAAGAGCUGGAAGGGGAGACCAAUAGAAUUGAUCUUUUCUACAAUAAAAAUGGAGGAAAUGUAAAGAAAAAGGAUGCUAAAAAGUCUGUUGCUGUUCCAAAGACAACACUUAAAACGUAUCCAAAGCGAAAACAAAAGCCACCUAAAGGGAGUUGUUUAGUAUUACAGCAUCAGUAUGGUGAAGACUCUAUCGGAAGCAAUUCGAGCAAUAAUGAUGACUCGAGUGAAGAGGAUGACAAUUCUAUUUGCGAAUUCUCUGCUGAAAGUUUAAAUGACAUUUCUGACGAGAACUUGCAAACAAUGUCAGAAGUUGAUGACUGUGAAGUGGAGAACCAUCCUUUAAAAGAUAGUUUGGACGAGAAAAUUGCGAAAUAUGAAACAGUAAAGAAAAACGACCUUGUGAAAGGAAGAAAGCACUGCAGGACCAUGUUUCUCGGUCUUACGUAUGUAUGUGAAGAAUUAAUGAAACGCAAAGAUUAUGAUAACGUGUCAAAAACGAAAACAUUUACAGCAAACGAAGUAAAAAGAUGCAUUAGCAAAAACGAAAAAAUGAAAGAAGCGUGCAAAGGAAAAGACGCCGACUACUGGAAAUAUUUAGUUUUAAAUAUGCGUGAGAAAUACCAAAGAGCUAUGAAAAGGGAAGAAUACUGCAAAUGUCGUCAGUGGUUAAAUGAAGCAAAGGACAUGAUGAAUCACUGGAAUACUUAGUGUCGUUUUGUCAUUAUUAUGUGGCACAAACCGUGAUGCAUUCAUCAAGCGCCCCACUCGUAAUAUCGACUCCCUAAUAUACGCUUUUCCUUAAUAUGUCCAUUUGUUUAGGUUUUUGGCGCCCCACUCAAAAUAUUACCUCCCUAAAACAAUUGCACCAAGAAAUAUAUUUAUCUAUUUCACUUUUUGAUUAAAGUAAAAACAGAAGUCAAUAGUUUAAAGAUAUAUAUAAAGAGCCCUGGCGCUUAAUCGAUGCAUUACGGAGCGAGUAGAAAACUUUUAGCUACGUAACUUUCCAUCGUUGACAUAUAUGCAUGAGAAACAAUGUCAUUUCGCUUUUAUUUUUUUUAUUAAGCGUCUCUCUUUCACAAGCUGAUCGGAUGGCUUACUUGUUGCUUGUUGACCAUCAACUUGAGAAUAUCAAAUUCACGCGUUAGCUUGCAGAGUUAAUUCACAAA